GGCGGUGGGAGUAAAUGGUACACACGCCGCCCUUGCCCCUUAAAUAAAAUAGUGGAAUAAUGUGAGACAUGGCAAGUGGACAUGUGGUAACGCGGGAGACGAGGUGGGCCGGGUCAGUCGCAUCCGAGAGCUUAGUUGCGAUCCAGCUCCCGGGGUGAGUGUACGUCGCUCUCGCUCCCGUCACUCCGCCUGCCUCGCUCGGGGACUCUUUCAGCGAGGACCCUCAAGUUGGAAGCCGUGUCCUGCCGUUGUGUUCCUUCCUUCAUCCCGUUUUCCUUCUGAGUAGUUUUUGCUGUCCCUUGUUUUGUGUGCUGUGAGGAACUUGCGCGUUGUGUACGUAUUCCUGCCUGCCUGUCUGUCUGUCUGUCGGCUUUACGUACGUGUGCGAAGUGAAAAUACUGAUCGAAGCGGAGUGUGAAGUGCGAAGUGAACACCAUUUUUUUUUUUGUAUCAAACAGCUUUACGCGGAAAUUGAUAUUUAACCGGUACACCAAAGCCUGAGUGCCGUGGUGCAGCAGAAACAGCUACAACAGCACCACCAGUGAGUGUCGGGACGGAAAGCUGAGCAUGCAAGUUUUGGUGCAGGUGAAGCAACGAUUGUGUUGAGUGCAGUCGUGACUUGAGGCGUGAUGGCCGUGGUGGUGUGGCCGACCUGCACCUCCCGGAGAUAACCUGAGCCCACUGACGAUGAUGAUGGACCUGUAAUCGCUCAGGGAGGACGUGUACUUGCGUCGUGGGUUUCGCCGCCUCGCCCACUCCUCCCCCUCACCCUCAUCCUCGUCUCGUCGUGUCGACACAACGAGCAUGAGACUUCUGAUGCAAGCGAAGGCGAGAGCACGAUGGCGGUGGUGGUGGUGGUGGUGGUGGUGGGGGUGGACGGCAGCGGUGGCGGUGGCUGGCGUGCGGGGAGGAGGCAGCGGGAACAACGGGGAGCAGAUUUUCGCCACAACUCCCUCCCAUCAGACGGCGGUCCUCGGGGCGACGGCGGUGCUGCCCUGCCGGGUGCUCAACAGAAGAGGCCUCGUGCAGUGGACUAGGGAUGGCUUUGGUCUGGGCACCCACCGCAACCUGGCUGGCUUUGAGAGGUACUCCAUGAUCGGGUCAGACGAGGAGGGGGACUUCAGCCUUAGGAUCUCACCUGUCCACCUGGAGGAUGACGCCGAGUACCAGUGCCAGGUGUCCUCAGCCACGGAACUCCCCCUUAGGUCACAGGUGGCCCGUCUUACCGUCUUUGCGCCCCCAGACCGGCCCAAGGUGACCCAGCCUCCCGUGGCCACUGCUGGGGUGCCGCUGACCCUCACGUGUUCCAGCAGUGGUGGUCGGCCCGCCCCUGAGAUCCAGUGGCUAGACGGGUCAGGUGGCGUCAUACACAAGGGCGUAGAUCACACACAGAAACCCAUGGAGGACGGUAAAAGGAUGUACGCCCGCGCCACGCUCACCUUCACGCCCACGAGGCACCACCACGGGCGCACACUCACUUGCCUCACCCACAACCCCGCCCUCAACACGCCCCUCGAUGCCAAGGUGCGCCUCAACGUGGAGUACCCGCCGGAAGUGCAGCUUGAGUUCUCGCCAGAAGAGCUCUCAGAGGGAGUGGAGGCAUCUGUGACCUGUCGUGUGGAAGCCAACCCCUCCGAGCUGACUUAUAGGUGGUUUCGCGGGGGCUCCGAGGUGACGGGCGCCCAGGGACCCACCCUUCCCCUGGGGCUGCUCUCCCGCUCCGACAACGCCGUCCCGGUGGCCUGCGAAGUCACCAAUUCCGUGGGCACCUCCAGGAAAACCCAGUCCCUCAAUGUGCGAUACGCACCGCUCUUCGUGACGGCGCCCAGCAGCCAGUCAUCGGAGCCCGGCAAGGUGGUGACCCUCAAGUGCCGAGUGGAUGCCAACCCGCCCCCUGAGAUCAUCUGGACUCGCUCUCAUCACUCCAAGGUGGUGGGACGCGGGUCGGAGCUCAUGGUGUCCGCCACGGCUGCCAGUGCGGGGCUUUACAUCUGCUCCGCCCGCAGUCCAGGCUUCGCUCCGCUGGAAGGCCGCGUUCACCUCAGACUCCGCGGUCCUCCUCUUAUUAAGGCACAGGCGGUGGUGGCGGUGCCCGAGGGGGAGCCUGCGGUGCUGCGGUGCGGGGUGGUGGCCGUGCCGCACCCAGUAGCUGUUACCUGGACCAGAGAGGGCGCGUCUGUCAACUCAGAAAACGGGCACUCGGUCAAGGAGGAGCAGCGGGCGGACGGUGUUGUGUCCACUCUCACCAUCAAUAGAACCACCACUAAGGACUUCGCUUCCUACAACUGUUCGGUUAUCAAUGAAUACGGUGUUGAUACCCGUCAGAUCCUCCUUCAGCGCCAGCCUGUAGUUCCUCUCAUGGUGGUGGUCGGAGGCGGCGCAGGAGUCGUGCUGGUAGUAGUGGUCGUCAUUCUGUUCAUCCUGUGCGGACGUAAGAGGCAAGCGAGAGGACCCAAGGACAAGGCGGCGGAGGCAGGAGCGGUGGUGGUAGAGAAGAAAUCCACAUCCUCAUCCACCUCCUCCGUCGCUGCUGUAGGAGGCGGCGGAGGGGGGCUGGGGGGUCUCGGCGGGCUCAGUGGCGUCGGUGCGAGGGAGGAGAACAGUGUGGGGUCAAACAUGGGCACCGCAAUGAAGAUGAUGCCCACGUCUCUCCUCGCCCACGACAACCAAUCAACUGGGCAGGAAUCCGACGCAAAAGACACUGAAAUCCGCACCUCCUCCUCGCUGUCCGCCGUGGAUCGAGACUCAGACAGCGGGUGGGAGAAGGAGAGCAGCAAGGCGUCACCCAGGGAACCUCAGGCGGCGCCCCUGGCCCAGCCUCGCUACAGUGUGGGCUCCACUGUCUUCACCCCCCCCGACCAAGGCUACAUCUCCUACGUCGACUACACCCGUGACUACUCGCCCGUGCCUGUCAGCGUCGGGGAGUCCUACCAACAGUUUCAGGUUGGCGGUCCUUUCGCCCGAUCCACCCCUGCCAGUGAUCCACCCUCCUCCCUGCCGUCAUCCGUUGCCCCGCCACCGUAUUCCCCUUCCCCUCAUGGCAACGCGGACAUCAACGGCGGCCCUAAUGGCAGGGUACACGCGUCCGCCAACGGGAAGGUGGUAAACGGCAACGGCAUCAACGGGACGCUGAAGCACGCCCUCCUGCAGGACCUCAAACAGGAGCUUAAAAGGGACCUCUCGCAGGACCUCGACUCAACAGUCCUACACAGCAAGUAUAUCAUCCCGCCGCAGAGCAAAAUUAAGCCCGGGACGUUGGUUUAGGGCUUAUCGCGUCCCUCGUAGGGCUGAGCGCUGUAGUUUUCAUAGUGAAUUACACCAAGUGACCAUUAGACUCGAGAACGGCAACUCCUCUGGCGGUGAUGGACAGAAUAAAUCCCGGAGUGGAGCAAAUGGACCGUGUUAAUGGUUGCUAAUUUCUUAUCUGCCUCGUUGUGUGUGUUUCCUUCUCCUCUCCGAGCACUUCGAGGCGGAGGAACCGAGACCAACUGGCCAAAUUGUUAGCAGAAUAGGUGGAAAACUCUUAUUCUGAACCUCAAUUUUUAAGUCUUUGUUGACUUGAUUUAUAAUAUAUAUUUAAUUAUAUAUACAUAUAGUGAAUCUCCUGUGCCGUAUUGUGGGGAGUCCAACCAGGAGAAAGGAAGCUUGAAGGACCAAACCCAAGUGUAUCUCCAUGAAGUUCCCUAUCCUUCCACGCCUCCCCCUCCCCCGCCCCCCACGCCACCCCACGGAAGGUCUCCCAGCUAAUCGUAAGGUGUACAGAUCUGUGAUAUGAGUUAGUAAGCGCCCAGAGAUGUUUUAGCCGGAACCAAAAAAGCAAAGUGAGUGCAUGCGUGUGACUGAAACUCUCCCGAGGACUGUGGAUUGUCUGCAAGAGGAGGCGAGGCGCAUAGGGCGACAUCUCACCCUCGGGAGCGCCAUUAACAGCUGCGGAAGGCGUGUGUUGCGAAUGUGUUGCGAAGUGUUGCGAAGUGCUUAGUCGCUGCCGCUUUUCCCGACUCGCUGACCUCGACCAAGUUGCUGGCGGCAUUGUAGCAAGUGUUAAAAAAGUGACACUAUUAGGAAAGAAAAUUCUAAGUUACCCUUUUUUUUAGGAUGUAAGAGAUUUAAAAAAAAAAGCAAUACGAUGGACCAGGUAGAGGUCGCGACGAGGCUGUGUGUGUGUAUGUGUGUGUGUGUGUGUGUGUGUGUGUGUGUGUGUGUGUGUGUGUGUGUGUGUGUGUGUGUGUGUGUGUGUGUGUUUGAUAAUUUCUGUGCGUGUCUGCGUGUGUGUGUGCGUGUGUGUGUGUGUGUGUGUGUGCGUGCGUGUGCGUGUGUGUGUCAGUGACCAAUAAGUAUUUUUUCCUAUAAUGACAUGUUUGUGGAAGAUCUUGAUGGUGUCGUGAAUGGAAAACUCUUGCAGGUGUUUUGCAAGAAGGAGUGUGUGAAUAUACAGAUAAUGUCUAUAUAUACUAUGGAUAUAUACACAUCUGUAUUGGUAUUUGUAUCAGUUCUUUUACUGUACAUAAUGAUAUUCGCACCAAAAUGUUUCCUCCCCAAUCAUGACUUGUUGUGGCGGAGUGCGUGUGUUACCUGCGGGUCAGCUGAGGUCACGUGUGGGCGAGGGCAGGUGAAGGGCGCUACCACUUCCCUCCGACAGGUGUGCUUCAUUACAGGUGUGUGUUGUUGUAUGUGCUACAGUCACGUGUGUUCAGCUGCAGGUUAAUAAGGUGUCAGUGUAUACGACCCACGCAGGUAAGAGCGCGGCGCCCGGGGAAGCGGCGACACGGCGGGUGUCUCUGCAGGCGGCGCGACGCGGCUGCUCAUCUUGCUGCUUCACAGACUCGAUCCCCGCCGCGUGAAGCUCUCUGAAUCAAACGAAACUAAAUACGUAAAAAUUUUAUGAAUGAAAUUUGAGGAUAAUUAUUCAAAUGUCUCCAGUCUUCAGAAAUUACAUACAUAAUGUAUGUCAUUUAUUCAUUUGCACUUUUUAAUAUUUACACUUUUAUCUGAAAUUUUAUAGUUUGCCGAAAUUCCUGAAGAGCGGCGGUUGGUGGGGGAAUCUAGUUCACUGUUUGGUUCACUGCCUGGUUCGCGCCGCCUCGCCGUCACCUUGGGAGACUCACUUGGCCGCACGCUGCGAUCUGAAGCAUUACCUUCCUCCUCCCCGCUGCCUGCCUCUCCCAGCUGGGGAGGCAGGCCGCGAGGGAGACAGGCCCAGGGUGCGUGUUGCCAGCCUUCGCCCCGCCGCCUCAGCCUUAACCGGGGUGGCGCAGGCCGCUCUGCUGUUUUGAACUAAUAAAUACUUGUUUGAGCUGUGGUGUUAGACCUUUACGUGUUACUACGCUAGCUUCCGAAGGAGGGAGCCUUCUUCGUGGGGGAGUGAACACCCUUCGCCCUCCGCGGUGUGGCCAUCAACUCGCGCGCUCCUGCUUUUGUUAUUAUUAUUAUUAUUACUACCAUUAUUAUUUUAACUUCCUCCCUUCUCUGUGUUCUCCGCAUUCACAUCCCCAGCCAAUCCCACCGAUAGGCCAGACACUUCCACGCCGCAGAUUUGUUUAAGGACCACAGACUCUCCAAGGAUCGCCGCCACUUAACAGUUACUUCCUGAACCUCACUGACUAUUUUUUGUGAGAACAACAGACUCUGCAUCACAAACCUAGAAGGGCAACACUUACCUUCUAAACCUCACAAUCUUUACAGGAAACUACAGACUUCUUUAGCACCACAAGCAUCUUUAUGAUCCGAGUUAUUUCCUAUACCUCAAAGUCUUUAAGAGCUAUAACCCCGUAUCUCUUUAUCCUCACAAGCGUCUUUAUAACCCAACAAUUACCUCUUGAAAUCAUGUAUAUUUUUUUCAAGAACUACAGGUCUUUAUCAUGACAAGCAUAUUCGUGACAAGAGAGUUACUUUCCAAACUUCACAAUCUUCAAGAACUACAGGAUAAAACGAGACCUCUUUAGCAUCAGCAACUACAUGACAAAACAAUUACCUCCUGAAACCUCACAAUAUUUAAAAACUAAAGGAAACCUCACAAGCAUCCUCAUGACAUCACAUUACCUCCUUAACCUUAUAAUUUGUAAUAAGAGCUAAAGGAAUCUAGAGACCCAACAGAUACCUCUUGAAAUCUUACCUCUCACUCGCUCACCUCACAGAGUAACACACAAACGUUAGAAUACCUUGCAGUUUUGGGACCAUAUUCUGAAGCACCUCUGCGCCACAGCUCCACUACAUUCAAAAGGAUCUAGUUGAAGGAACACGAGUUUUUAAGGGUGUUUUUAUUGUUCUAGUGACAGAUUAGCAACAUCCCUACAUUACCAACAGGAGAAACACUCUUGAAAACCCUGCUGAUCAUCUCUUUCCCUUUGAAAAUAGUGGUGAGAGAGCAAGGUGUUUCUAAGGACGGCCCUUGGUCUCAGUGGCGUCCGGUCCCAGCACUACAGUAGCCCCACAAAGACUGAAGGGCCCAAGGGAGUUCCUAUUCACGCUAUUAGCUUCUGAUAACAGUGAUCAUGACAGUCAAGGGCGCAACAGGAAUGGAGGCGGUGUAGGUUGAACAGAUAAACAGACAGACAGUGAUACGUAUUGACAGGAGUGUUUCAGCUUAUAAAUUACACGAGUUUUAUUUAUUUAUUUUUCUCUGAUUCUGUGUUAACUUUAUCUGGUCUUUGUUACUCCUAUGAAAGGGUGUUUUUAUCUUAUCAGUUUGGGUUCCUUCUGGUCUCUAUACUCCAGGUUUCUCUCUCUCUCUCUCUCUCUCUCUCUCUCUCUCUCUCUCUCUCUCUCUCUCUCUCUCUCUCUCUCUCUCUCUCUCUCUCUCUCUCUCUCUCUCUCAUUCUCCUCACAUAUGAUAAGAGAGAUCACUCAAUACUUGUCUCUCUUUUUUCCCUCUCUCUAUCUUUCUCUUCCUCUUAUCAGCUAUUUUUUCCGGUUUCCCUGUCUACAACCAUGUCUCCCUGUCUCACCCUGCCCCUCUCAUCCUGUCACUCUCACCCUGCCCCUCUUACCCUGUCUCUCACCACCUGUCCCCCAUGUCAUGUUCCUCUCUCACCCGUUUCUCUCACUCCUCUCAAACACAACGGCCGAGGACUUUUCCAAAACUCCUUGACAGAUUUUCCGACACUGUCCCACUGUAUCUUCGUAUCCGAGAGUUGCAGUUUGUUGAAAUACGAGUUAGUUCUUUAAGUUUCGUCCCAGUACUGCCCUUCUAUUUCUCUUAUUUUUUCUCCUUUAUUCCUCACUCUGUACCUCUUCUUUGACGGUCGUUUUUUUAAUUAAAGAAAAGAAAAACAUCAAUUCGUCACUAAAAGAAUUAUUGGGGCCAGACUGAACGUACUUAAAUAUAUAUAUAUAUAUAUACGCCAAUCGGAGAUUUUUCGUGGGAAUGCUUGGAAGUAAAAUGUCUUAGCUGACGUCUCGCGUGCAAUAAUACAUUAGAUGAGAGACCAGAAAGAUCGAUUGGUGUUUUUUGAGGCCGCGAUGAAGGAAAGACGUGGUUAGGAGAAGGAAGGGGAGAAGGAAAAGGCAUUACAAGAUGAUGAUGAUGAAAGGAAGGGAAAAAAGUGAGGAUAUUUUGCAAGAAAUGGAUGAUAAAAAGGAAGAAGGGAAGAGAAAGAGGAAGGGGUUAUAAAAGAGAGGGAAGAAGGAAGAGAAGGAAGGAGAUAGAAAAUGAAGGUGAUAGAAGAAAGCAGAAGUAAGAAAUUGCAAGAUGAUGGUGAUGGAAGGAAGAACUUAGAAUAAGAUAAAAUAAAAAUAAAAAGGGAGAUAGAAGCAUUUGAAAAUAAAGAUAAUGGAAGAACGAGGUUAGAAGAAGAAGGAUAAAAUGGUGAAAGAAGCAGUUCAAAAUAGUGAUGGAAGACAGGAACUAGAGGAAGGUAAAAAGGAACGAGAACAGCUAGAAGAAAACAGAUAAAAAUGAUAAAUGGAAGAACGAGGAUAGAAGGAAGGACUUUGGUGAUAGAAGGAAGGAAGGAGGUAUGAGAUGAGAGGAGGGUGGGUUAGGUGCAAAAGAGGUAUGUUGUUGGCCCUCUCUCUCUCUCUCUCUCUCUCUCUCUCUCUCUCUCUCUCUCUCUCUCUCUCUCUCUCUCUCUCUCUCGGUCAGAGGCUCAAAGGUGGUGUCUGUGAGGAGUCUUUCAUCCCGUGGGUUCAGGUUAUGUUUUCCUAGCUCGCUGCCGCCCCAAGCCCCGAGCACAACCUUACUAGCUUUCCGAUGAUCCCCCGGGCGCCGCUCCCUUGCCUGGUUUCUUCCCUGGUUCUGUUUUUCCUUUUCUUUUUCGUAUCUUUUCUUUUUUUUUUCCUCCCAUGAACUUUCUCUUUGGCCACGGAGGAACCUGUGCGCUUUACUUAUCUUUUUUUUUGUGUGUGUGUGUGUGUGUUUCAUCAUUAUUGUUUUACUUUUAUUCGCUUUUAUUUAUUUAUUUACUUCUCUAGGAUUCGUUACGGUUCACGCUUUUCUUCUGGUUUAAUUGGAAAGAUUGGUUUGUUGUUUGUUGUUUUAGAAUUUUCUCAUUAUUGCUGUACUGAAACUUAGACUUGAUUAUACUGCUUUGUGUUUAUGAUCCACCUUAAAAGUAUUCAAAUUCCUAUAAUAAAACUACAACACAGUACACAAGUUACUUAAUACACAGUGGAAGUACAUAUUCAACUUACUCGAUAACAAAAACUUUAAAAUUUCCACUUUAUCCGGUUAUUGCAACGCAGCUUUCCUUCAGUCACAUUUUUCUUCUUCUCUUUGACUCCUUUCAAUUUCAACCCUUAUGCCAAGAAGCUUUAGGGACGAGAGAAGAAAAUGUGAAGCUGACAGCCUUGUGUGUGUGUGUGUGUGUGUGUGUGUGUGUGUGUCACGAAACGCCAUGUCGGUUUCUGUUCUCGUCAUGUACGUAACUCAGUGCUGAAGAAAAAAAAUGUCUCUGAAAUGUUUAUUGUAUAUUAUUAUUUCCCUCCUGCAGUUUCUUAGUGGCCUUAUUUAGUCUCCUCCUCCUCCUCCUCCUCUUCCUCUUCUUCCUUCUUCUCCUCCGCCCCUUCCCUUCUUUAUUGCCUUUGCCUUAUAGUUAAGAGUUCCAUUUUCUCUCUUGUAUUCCUUCAAUAUAUUCUCCUGUUUCAUUAAUUACACCUUUAGUAUAUUACGUUUUCCAUCCCUUCCCUUCCCCCUUCCAUUCCUGUCUCCCUCCUAACACCCCCUCUCUCUCUCUCUCUCUCUCUCUCUCUCUCUCUCUCUCUCUCUCUCUCUCUCUCUCUCUCUCUCUCUCUCUCUCUCUACCCUUCGCUCGCAGCUAAAGAAGAAAAUAAGUCAAUAGUGAGUAAGGAUUCUGUAAUGUAACUGUUUUAUUGUAAAUGUGAAAAAUAAAGUAUUUUGUUAUAUGGUA